AUGGCCGAGCUAAGCAGAGUUGAGUCGAUGCAAUACCCUGCCGGCCAUUUGUCCCAUCUUUCGGAGAAUCAACAGUCCCAGCUUGUCGAGUUCAAGGCCAUCUGCGAGAAGGCUGGCUACUACACGCCUGCAGUCGGGCAGAAACAUGCAAGCCAUGACGACGAGACUUUACUGCGCUACUUGCGCGCACGUCGUUUUGUUCCCCAAGAAGCCUUCAAGCAGUUCAAGGACACUGAAGAUUGGCGCAAGGAGAACAAGCUGAGCGAGAUCUUCAACACCAUUGAUGUUGAGGAGUACGAGCAGACACGUCGUCUGUAUCCGCAAUGGCUUGGCCGACGUGACAAGCGCGGCAUUCCCCUCUUCCUCUUCGAAGUCGCCCCGCUCAAUUCCAAGAAUAUCUCUGCAUACGAAAAGCUACUCGCAAAGUCAAAGACCACCCUUCCCAACGUUCCAACCAAGAAUCUGCGCCUCUUCGCCCUCUAUGAAUCCCUUACAAGGUUCUACUCACCAUUGUGCUCCAUGGUGCCUCGCGCCUACCCGGAGACUCCCAUUUCGCAGAGUAACAACAUUGUGGAUAUCAGUAAUGUUGGUCUGAAGCAGUUUUGGAAUCUCAAAGGACACAUGCAGGACGCUUCCGUCCUAGCCACAGCACAUUACCCAGAGACACUCGACAGGAUAUUUAUUGUUGGCGCGCCUAGCUUCUUCCCCACCGUCUGGGGCUGGGUCAAGCGAUGGUUUGAUCCCAUCACGGUAUCCAAAAUCUUCAUCCUUUCCCCGUCGAAUGUAUACUCCACACUAUCCCAAUAUAUCGACCACGACAACAUUCCUAAGAAGUACGGCGGCGGCCUCGACUUUGAGUGGGGCCAAUUGCCCAACCUGGAACCGACCAUUGAGGCGCAAAUGAAGUGGGAGAAGCCAAACAUACAGAAUGGACGUAAGACGUUCCCAAUUGGACCACUAAAGUGGGAAGAUGGAAAAGACGGAGCAAUGGAGGCUUGGGGCGUUGGCACUGAGGGCGGCGCACAGAGACACGAGCUCAUCUUCACCAUCCCUAACCCCGUGGGCUACAGACAAGGCGAUGUGAUUCCACCUACACCUGUAGCGGAGAUUGGAGAUCCCCUCACAACAACGGGAACAGCUACCCACCCCCCAGAUAGCGAUGUGCCAGACGUAGACACCCCACCUUCAGAACCCGAAAGUCCAACCACAACCACUUCACCCACCACCACAACCCUGCCCAUCCGCUCCGGCACCUCAGAACCUCGCUUUGAGCAACAAAGCCACACGCACGCCUCGGGACAAUUGGCAGAGGGUACCCCCGACGCCGCAACCAUCGACCAUGGCCACGGUGACAAGAGCGUCAGCGUCGAAACCCGCACCAUUGGCCAGGCUCCCAAAGAGGUACCCCUCCCCGAUCCACAACCACCCGCGGCCCCCAGUUACCUAGACCAAGCUAAAUCCGCCGCCGCAUCAGCCUCCGCCGUAGUCACUUCCACCGCCACUUCGGCUGCCUCAGUCGUAGCCAGCGUCGUCAACGGCAAGGAGCAAGAUAAGCCUGCGGAGCCGGCCCGAGAAAAGACUCCCGAGGAAAAAGAAAUCGAUCGUCAGAUUGAUGCUACGAGCAACAAGGAUGUAGAGGCCUUUUUGAGGGAUCAGACCGCGAGUCGGAGCCAAGUCGUUAGUUCGUAG